AUGUCGUCCCUAUCGUUGCCAAGGGUGUUGCAAAACCGGAAGACCAGUCUGGACCAGGUACGAGAGCACUUUGAAAAGAUUCAGGCUGCAAGCAUUAGUAAAGCAAUUAAUACAUUGGAAAAUCCAGUAAAAGAAAAACAUGCUAGAAAUGCUAUUAUAGGUACAUUUCAAGAGAAAAGUGCAGAGACUUUUUGGCGUUGUGUCACUAAAUUACCAUUACAAGAACACCGUAUUGUGGCCUGGAAAUUUUGCCAUGUGUUACACAAAGUUUUGCGGGAAGGCCAUCCAAAUGUUUUGGCAUCAUCACAAAGACACAAAACACUUUUACAUGACUUAGGAAAGUUAUGGGUACAUUUAAAAGAUGGUUAUGGAAAACUCAUUCAACAGUAUUGUCAAUUACUACUUACAAAAUUAGAUUUUCAUAGACGUAACCCGGGAUUCCCCGGCAAUCUAGUUUUAUCCGAAGAAGAUCUAUGUAGAAUUGGAGACAAUGAUGUUAAUAAUUAUUUUCAAAUGUGUGUGGAAAUGUUUGAUUAUAUUGAUGAAAUUCUAGGACUUCAGUCUGCAAUUUUUGGUUCAUUGGAUAUGUCUCGCUCAAAUUCAAUGACUAGCCACGGUCAGUGUCGAUUGGCUCCUUUAUUGCCUUGCAUAUUAGAUUCUACACAGUUGUAUGAUUUAUGUGUGAAAAUCCUGUUUAAAAUGCAUGCUACUCUACCACCGGAUCUAUUAUCUGGCCAUAGAAAACGUUUCCUAAGACAAUUUACCAUACUACGUCAAUUUUAUUUGGGGUCAUCUAAUCUCCAGUAUUUCAAAACACUUAUACAGAUACCUCUUUUACCCGAGAAUCCUCCAAAUUUUUUGGUACAAGCGGAAUUAUCAACCUAUGUUACUCAAGCCGCCAUUGUAUUGCCAGAUGAAGAUCCAUCAGAGAGUAAUAGUAUGAUUGGUGAACUAGUUGAUCUAGGAAUUGGGAAUAGUGUCACUAGCAGUGAAACUAGUCAAAGAUCUUUAUCACCUGAUCUUUUAACCCAAAGAGACAACAUGAUUCAGCAUUUACACGGAGAAUUGAACGCUCAUCAGUCAUUAAUAAUUCAAUUAAAACAACAAGUUUCUACAUUAGAAAUGGAAUUGGCAAAAAAAGAUAGUGAAUUAACACAAGAAAGGCUUAUCAAAGAUGAUUUACUGCAUCAAGUAAAUUCUAUGGACAAUUUUGAUGAAUUGGAUAAAAAAUAUAAAUUGCUUGAAGAAAAGUUCAACAAAUUGAAAGAAGUGUAUACUAAAUUGAGAGAGGAACACAUUACAUUGUUAAGACAGAAAUCUGACGUGGACAAGCAGUUAUUAAACAUGCGUACUGUUGAAUUUAAUAUGGGACCUCAAAGAAUAAAGUUUGAAGAGGAACUAAUAGCACUCCAAACUACUGUGGAUUCAACUACUCGUCAAAAUGAUGAACUUCUGAUGGCAACUGAACUAUUGAAGACUGAAGUUAGUGAUGCCAAGCAAAAAUUGACUGAUGCCGUACUUAUAAAAUCUGAUUUAGAAUUAAGACUUUCAGAAUCUGAGGAAUUACGAUUUUCAACCAAUGCUCUUUGGUUUGAAUGCUGUCGUAAAAUAAUUGAACAUACAUGUGAAAUGAUAGAUGAUCCUUCUAUGUCUUCAGCUACUUGUUCCCCUGAAUGCGUAUCUUUAAUCAAAGAAAAACUUGUCAGUACUAUUGGAAAAGGAAAAGACGAGGUUGCAGGGUUUGCCCAUUAUGUUGCCAUGUAUAUUGUUUUUGGAAAAGCGGUAUCAAACACAAAAUCCGACCUGAAUGAUGCUCAAAAGUUGUUAGAUAAAUGCAAACAAGUAGGAAAAGACAGUGUAAAACUCUUAACAGCUUGGCAGACAGGUAUCAAAAUUGAUGAAUGUUGCAAGGGUCUUAACAAUACAUUGAAUGAUGUAGAAUCCAUGGCUUCUUCCACACAAGCAAAUGAAUCAUUGGGCGAUUUGGUUGAAGAUGAGCUUAGUAUAAUGGAUAGAGCAAUUGAAGAAGCGGCUAAACGCAUUCAAGAAAUGAUCACUGAAUCUAGAGCUGCACAUUCUGGAAUUAAAUUGGAGGUUAAUGAACAAAUUUUGGAUUCAUGUACUUCCCUCAUGGCUGCCAUCAGAGUGUUGGUGCAUAAAUCACGUAAACUUCAAGCUGAAAUUGUAGCUAAUCAAGGUUCGCAUGGGUCAGCUAAAGAAUUCUAUAAGCGUAACCAUCAGUGGACUGAAGGACUAAUUUCUGCAGCCAAAUCUAUAGGUCUGGGUGCUAAAGGGUUGUUAGAUGCGGCAAAUGAGGCUGUAAGUGGCGAAGGAAAAUUAGAAAGAUUAAUAGUGGCUUCUCACUGUGUGGCUGCUGGGACAGCACAACUUGUGGUUGCCAGCCGUGUAAAAGCUUCACGAAACAGCGAUAAUUUGGCUGAAUUAUCACAAGCGUCACGUAAUGUUACAAAUGCUACUGCUACAGUGGUAGCCACUGCCAAAUCUUGCGCCCAAUUAGUUCAACAAACAGAAGAACUAGAUUUAGGUGUCUUGAAUGAACAUCAAACCAAACGUUUAGAAAUUGAGUGCCAAGUUCGUGUGUUAGAGUUAGAAUCAUCUUUAGAAAAAGAAAGAAUGAAGUUAUCUUCGUUGCGUAAAUUACAUUACCAAGAAGAUCAAAGUUAG